AUGUUCAAGAUCAAAAACGAUGAGCUUAGAAGGCGAUACAAAGAGCGCCUCUCAAAUGCAAGGCAAACUCUUCUGGACCAAAGGCGGAGAGUGUCGUCGACAGGGCAGAAUGCACCAGCACCUGCACAAACUGAUAAUAUCAAGCACGAGAUUCUGACUAAAAUGCAGAUAGAUGCAAGUGUGGACCUGCAUGAGACACUCGAUCCAGAUUAUCUAGUGCAAAUCAUGAAUGAAAUAUCCGAGGAACUGCGACAAGAAGAGAAUCUACUUCUAGCGGAGCAGGAAGCAUACCUCAACAACCAAGAAAUCAGACAAACAAUGAUAGCUGAGGCAACUGUGUGCUGUCCCAUAUGCCUAUCUCAUCCUUUGAGACAAAACAAGCAAGUAAUAUUCUGUGCCUGUGGGAUGAGGAUAGACUGUCAGGUGGAUCAUACGACUCUGCAAGGCUUCGGCGAAUCUCUGAACGACUGCGUGAAUCUACACAAGUAUGUGUUGCAUUGGUGA